CUACUCUGGGCUGCGUUGCCAGACUGAGCCUGAGCCCUCCAGGCCAACGUCCACCCCCUCUGCAUGGUGCUGGGCAUGGUUUUCCUCCAAGGGGACGCUCUCCUGGUCUACCGGGUGUUCAGGCACGAAGCCAAGCGCUCCACCAAGGCGCUGCACGCGCUGCUCCACGGCCUGGCGCUGCUCAUCGCCCUGGUCGGCAUCGUCGCCGUUUUUGAGUUCCACCAGACCAAGGGCAUCCCUGACAUGUACAGCCUGCACAGCUGGUGCGGGAUGGCCGCCUUCGUGCUCUACCUCCUGCAGUGGCUCCUGGGCUGCGGUUUCUUCUUGCUCCCCGGCGCCUCUUUCUCACUGCGUGGCCGGUACAAACCCCAGCAUGUGUUCUUCGGCCUAGCCCUCUUCGCCCUCUCCAUCGCUGUCUGCUUGCUGGGCAUCACCGAGAUGCUCCUCUUCAACAUCAGGGACUCCUACAGCCACUUUGUGUCCGAGGGUGUCCUGGCCAACACCCUGGGGGUGCUGCUGGUGGCCUUCGGGCUGGUGGUGGGCUACGUGUUGACGCGGGAUGACUGGAAGCGCCCGCCACUGGCCGAGGAGCUGGCCCUCUCCAUGGACUUCAAGACCCUGACGGAGGGCGAGAGCCCCGGUGGCAGCAGCCAGUGACAUCCCCAGCUCCCUGGUCCCCAGCACGGGCUCCUCGUGGUGUCUGGGAUGUUCCUGUGUACCCCGUCCCCAGUGUCUGGCUCUGCCCAGCUCAGGGUGACAAGGACAGCUGGGGAAGGACAUGCUUGUUGGUGUAACGCUGCCCGUUGGGUUCAGCCUUGCUUGGCCUUAAUCUUCCUCAGCUCUGCCUGCGCAGCCCCCGGUGACCCCCCCGAGCCCACCCCAGUCCUGUGGGGAUGGUGGUGCUGCAGGCAGGGGCAGGGGCUGGCAGUGGCAGUGGGACACGAAGGAUGGGGGUCCUUUGGCUCUGCCCUGCGCUGGGGACCGGGGUGCAGGAGCCCAGAUUUCCCUGCUGCGAGCUGCUGGAGCCCGAAGCCUGUUCUCAGUGCCGAUGGGCAGAGGGGACACUUUGCCAUCAUUGAGAUCCCCCACUCGCUGGCAGCCCAUCGCCCUCCAGUGUGGUCACAUGUGGGGGCUGCUCCCCCCAAAGGGCUUCCCGGGGGCUCGGAGCGACCUGGGGUCUGUGCAGGUUCAGUGUUUUCAC